CCCAGGCAGCCCGGCUCCCCGGCAGCGCCGGCUGCCCCCUCCCAGCAGGGCCAUAGGCAGCCUGGGGAGAGCUCGGUCCGUGACACCGUCCCCAGAGAGCAGUGGCAACUGUCAGGGGAGAGGACAUGGAAAACCAAGCUAGCAAACAGCAACUGUAGGAAGACUGACAGCAAGGUGAAACUGCCUUCCUGUUCAUCCCAAGUAGUUGAAUCUUUUCUGCGGAGUAGAGGAGAAAGUCAUGAUCUUGGAAUGCUGCAUUUAACUCCCAUCUGCAAUUAACUGGCCAGCCCAUGAAGAGAACCUAGAUGACUGCAGUCACUAAGGAGUUACAGUUUGCACACACAACUAGGGGAAAUUUUGGAUGUGUGUAGGCAGCCAAUAAAAGAGGAGAUAAACAGUGCAGCUGACUCAUUCCCAGCAAGGCUUAGACUGUGAUUGCAUCACUGUUCCAGGCAGAUCACAGCUCUUUGCUGCAGUCGCACUAGCUCACUCCCGUAGUCUCUAUGCCCACACGUCUGGAGUCCCCCCACUAAACGGCAGAAAAUGGCCAAUCUGAUGCCUGUAAUAGCCCAGGAAGAGCUGGAUAACUUUAUCUUCACCAGGACAAGUUCUGGCUUCGCCCUCAAAGCCUUUCAUGCUCCUCAGAACAUUAACAUAUCACUGAAGCUGCUGACCAGCCAGAAUACAACAGAGAGUGAGCUGAAGGUGCUACUCCAAGAUGUAGCAAACACACGACGCAUUCAGUCUGAACAGCUCCUGCCUUCUCUUGGGAUCUACCAAUCUCAGGGACUUCUGGGGGUCGUGACUGAAUGGAUGUGCAAUGGAUCCCUCCACUCACUCAUCCACGAGCACCACCUGUACCCAGAAUUGCCUUUUCCCCUACUCAUGCGGAUCCUGUCAGAUGUGGCUGAAGGAUUAUAUCAUCUCCAUAGGCUAGACCCUCCUCUCCUCCACUACAGCCUGAAACCCUCCAAUGUCCUUUUGGAUACACAAUAUAGAGCUAAGAUAACAGAUUAUGGUCUAACCUCCUGGAGGAAGCAGCAAAGAUCAGUCCUGCAGAACUGCAAUAGAAGCUGCUGGGAUUUGGUAUACCUCUCUCCUGAAAUACUUGAAGGAGGUGUACCCUCACAAGAAGGAGAUAUUUACAGCUUUGGAAUGCUAUGUUGGGAAAGCGUAAGCAGACAGAAACCUUUUGAAGGCAAAAAAAACCUGCUGGAAGUUGUGACAGGAGUCUGUAGUGGCCUGCGGCCUGGGACUGAAGCAGAAUAUAUACAGAGCAAUUUGCCUCAGAGAAACAGGCUGUUACAGCUCAUCAUACUGUGCUGGCACCAAGACCCAGAUUACAGGCCCCAAACUGCAGAUUGUGCAGAACUCUUAAGGAGAAUUUUGAAUGCUUUUAGCAAGGAGAAGAUUUCCAGUGCAAUCUACAAUUUGAUUGAUGCAAAGGAGAGAGCAGUAAAUGCCUGCAAAGGCUCCGUUCCACACAUGCGUCAGACACAUGUGCACAACCUAGAGGUCGUCUGUGCACAGAAAAACAGCAACCGGCUUAUCGACAAGUGUGUCCAUCUAACAGCACAGGAAUUGUCAACUGUUCUUGACAGCCCUGCAGGAAGAGAGAAGGCUAAUCAGAUGGCACUUGCAGAUAUCACAACGCCAAACACAACACAAAAAAGAGCUCAUCCGGGCAGUAGAGAAUCAGCUCUGCAGCAUUCCUUUCCCACUCCUUGUACUUCUGAUCCACAUGCAAGCAGAGAAGAUGGUGGUCAGUGUCAAAGGGACCCAAAGGUGUGGCAGCAGCCGCCACUACAGUUAUCACUGCCACCUGAGCACAGUCCCCAUCAUAGCCAAUUUCAAAGCACACAGUUUGAACAAACAUUAACAGGUCCUUGCUGCAAAGGCAACUGCUGCCAGAUCCUAGCCUGUGGGCGACAGACUAUCUUGAGCUGCAUGACAGAAGGGCGCCUCAACCACAUUCUUGAUGUCCUUCGCUCCCAGCAAGUGUUGUCUAAAAUGGACUAUGAAAUGAUCACCUCUUUCCCCACCCUGACCAGCCGCGCUCGUGCUUUGUUGGACACUUGCCUCUGCCUUGGCGAGGGGGCAGCUCAGAUUGUAGUGACUGUGCUCUCAACUAGCAAAUGUAGCCCUCUGGCACGAGGCAGCCACAUCACAGACAGCUCUGCUAAAUUAAAUAGACGACUGCAGUGACUUA